AUGUCGGCAGAGAAAGGUCGAGGAGAUGAAUGCGUCUACAAAUUGUCACCGACAUUGUCAUACACUACCAAGCUUGAGAGACGUGUUGAGGAGCUCGAAGCUGCUCUUCGCAAAGCUCAAGUCUCAGCACAGGUAGUCCCAGCCCUUUCUCCGAGUGUAUCUGUGACCUCCCCUACAUCGUAUACGGGAGAAGGAGGUUCGGCGGCAUUCCGUGGGCUAGCGUUUGAUGCUAGAGGAGCAGUCACUUUUCAUGGGUCAACAAGUCUCUUCCAACUGCCUACAAGACCCGAAGAGACCAACACGAUAUUGCCAGUCAACGAACUACAUCUUACGAAGGAGAGACUUGUGCAGAAUGCUUGGGAACAGAGAAGUCUGGAGGUUCUUGCUGAAACCCCUCAACCAUUUCAAUUCCUCCUGUCGACUCACUGGUGCUGGAUCCAACCACUUUUUAAUUUCGUCUAUCGACCUGCCUUCACGCGAGAUAUGCAGAGUAUCGGACCUUAUUACUCUCACACUCUCCUCAAUGCAUUGCUAGGACAUUCCGUGAGAUGGUGCAAACGCGAACCUGAAAUCCGACAUCUCCUUGAGCCUUAUGAAGGUGGAGCGUUGUUUAAGCGACAUGCUCGAACGCGUUUGUUUGAAGAAAUCAGCACGGGCAAUUGUAGCAUACCCACGAUACAGACCCUGCUUAUCUUGAGCGCACAGGAAUGCAGUGCAGGCAACAGAACGUCGGCCAUAUUGUACUGUCGGAUGGCAUUCAACUUGUUGGAGGAAUUGGGUAUCACUGUUGAUGUACAAAGAUAUGGAUCGGGCAAUCUUCAAUUGUCGGAUGAAGACAUUGAGAUUAGACGUAGGCUCUUCUGGUCGUGCUAUUUCUGGGACAAAAUCAUCAGUCUAUAUCUUGGACGAUCACCAGCGUUAUCGCACAGUCCAGUUUCGCCACCACAAGUCAUCAUGGAUGACUCUGCGGAGGAUGAGCUAUGGUUACCCCAUGGGGUGCAGUAUCCUGAAGGACAGCAGUAUCCCCCUACUCAAGCACAUUCUAUCUCAUGCUUCACACAGAUGUGCCGGCUCUCAGCGAUAUUCAACGAGAUAUUGCUGCAUAUGUACGAUCCUCUGAACUCAAAGACCGAGCAGGAAAUCGACGACUGUCUGAUUCGUGAGGGCUUUGCCAUGAGACAGUGGUGGCAGGACCUGCCUUCUUUUCUCAAGAUUGAAGCGCAAGACCUGCCUCAAUACGCACCUCCAAGUCACAUUGUUACGCUCAAUUGCUUGUUUCAUACGUUCAAGAUACUCCUAUAUCGACCGAUGCUUUUCAAGCGGCCCGAAUCAUUACCGGAAGGAGAUAUGCCGAACCCAGCACAUUUCAAGGAAUGUCUCGGCUCAGCCUCUGCCAUUGUGGCCGUAUUCGACCUCUACUGUCGCACGUUCACAUACAGUCGGGUAGUACUGUCCUUGGCAUAUAGUGUCUACACUGCCGCAUCUAUCUACCUACUACAAAUACAAGCGUCGUCCGUCCGAGAAGACUAUACCUUGGACUCGAUGCGAUUCUGUGUUCAAGCACUAGAUCGCCUCAAAGCUUCGAGUCCUGUGAUAGGCCAGGCCUUGCAGUUACUCCUUCGAGCUCUGGCAGAUGCAGGUAUUCAAGCUUCUGAAGUCCUUGAGUUGUCAAGUCAACCGGACGUACUGCUUAAUCCAACCACAACAGACGUGCCAGUAUCAUCGCACCUGCCUCAAGCGCCAGCAGUAUUUGAUCCAGAUGGAAUUGACUUUACACCUGAAAUGUUUGCAACCUUUUCGAAUUUGGAGCCGAUCACUGUUGCUGUGGGUGCUGGUGGAAUUAUCAUGCCAACAUGA